GAUAGCUAGAACGCUCACUGGCUGGAUUCCCCACGUGCUACACGUGCAGUGUUCGAGAUAGUCUACUGCUAAACGCUCCCUUCAUCCAGUGUCACUGUUCUAAUCGUUAAUUCAAGCAGCACGUGAAAUUGCUCUCACUAACGGAAUUAUCCAUCAAUUUUUUUUUUAAUAAACUGUCGCCAUUUAUGCAAUUUGUAAAGCAGUGUCCUGGUGCUUUAGAAGUUUUUUGUUGAAAAUAUCUACUUUAAAUAGCCAAAGGGAUAUACUAUGGGAGACGAAUUUCAAUAAGAUUGUGUUUUUGGAGUGUAUGCUGAAGUGAUUUGUGGAAAAAAGAGAAAAAAAUAUUGUAUAGAUUGGUUCCACUCUGAGGAUGCCGGAUGCCUUUUCCGUAUCAUCUGGAUAAAGACCCGAAGCCGGUAAUGGAUGACUCCAGGCUACCAAAGGGAGGUCACCAUAACGGAAAAGACAUAAAUAUUCUAGUUGUUGGACUCAAAGGUGUUGGAAAAUCCGCUCUGACGGUGCGGUUCUUAACGAAACGCUUCAUUGGGGACUAUGAUUCUCAGAUCGAGGCUGUUUACACACAGCAGUGUACAUUGGACGGUAAGACGAUCACGGUCCACGUCCUAGAUACUGCUUGGCAGGCUAAUGGCUUUAGCAUCAAGGAUGACCAAAUUGUAUGGGCGGACGCUAUCAUCAUGGUAUAUUCAAUAACGGAUCGAAAGAGUUUCGAGAAGUUGCGAGAAGUCGCCGAUUACAUCAUUUCCAAAAAGACUGACAGUAAGACAGUACUGGCCCUGGUGGCCAAUAAAAGUGACCUCGUCCAUAUGAGCUGCGUCACAAACUUGGAAGCAACACAGUUCUGCGCAGAGUACAACUGCUUGUUUUUUGAAACCUCCGCGAGUGAAAACUAUAAUUCAGUGACAAACGCCUACAUGUCCGUAUGUAAGCAGGUAAAGAGCAAUUAUAAGAAGAGAGAAAAGAUCUCCAAAUUCAUGCAAAAUCCAGCCAUAAAGGCCAAACUCCAGAUCCGAAAUCCAAUACGAGGCUUAGAAAUGAAAUGGAGGUCACGCGCUCCGACCAUGUGACCUAAGCAUAAAAAUGAAAUUUUACAAAAAAGAAGCAUACAAAGUGCUUGGUGCUGCGGAAUGUUAUAAACCUGGUGAUAUAACUGUUAUACCAAUCAUUUCCUUCAUCUCAACAGAUUAAAACAUCAUAUGAUCAUCGAUUUUUUGCAUCAAAUGUAUUCUUCAUUCAUUGUCUAAUGAUCAUUUGUAAUCAUAACCAUGCAUUCAUACGUGUAUAUUAUUGGAGUCAUUUUAUUUUUUGGUUUAUUCAUUUAUUGUAUUGUUUGAUGUAACAUUUACUGGAAUUAAUUACAUAAAAUAA